UGCAUCAUUGGUGCAAAAAACAACGUAGCAAUGACGUUAUGAAUCGGCAAUCACUUGCCAUAGAAAAUAGCCACUGUUACUGUGUUACUGGAAGCCGACUAUCUCAAAUAAUAGCAUUUUCGCUUAGUUUAACUCUGAAACAAAGUUGAAAGGUCAUCUUGACUUGACAAGAUGAAAGAGGCAUUUGUGAAUAUUUGUAACGUUCCAACCCGCAUCAUCACUUUCGGAAAAUGGAUAGAAGAAUCCAUGGAUGAUGUGAGUGAGAUUGCCAUAUGUAUUACUGGAAAUCCCGGCUUACCUGGUUUCUAUACCGAGUUUUGUGAUACCGUGCAUGAACGGCUAGAAAAGAAAAUACCCGUUUGGGUAAUAGGUCAUGUGGGCCACGAUGAUCCACCAGAGAAUAGCCUGCGAGAAGUACCUCAAUUAAAGGGUAACGAAGAAAUUUUCGAUCUCGAUGGUCAAAUAAAGCAUAAAACCGAAUUCAUUGAAAAAUAUGUGCCUGAACAUGUUAAGAUUCAUUUAAUGGGUCACUCCAUAGGAGCAUGGAUGGUCUUACAGCUGUUGCAGAAUGAAUCCAUACGUAAACGUGUGAAAAAGUGUUAUUUACUUUUUCCCACCAUUGAACGCAUGAUGGAUUCCCCGAAUGGUUGGACAUUUACGAAAAUCGGCUUGCCUCUAUAUUCCGUCUUUGGUUUCCUUUUUAAUUUAUUAAACCGCUUGCCCAAGCUUUUUCUUGUCAUAAUUAUACAAAUCUACUUCUGGUUUUCAUCCAUUCCAAGUCAACAUUUAAACACUGUCCUAAGCUAUAUUAGGUCAACUGUAACCGAAAAAGUUGUGUUUUUGGCUGAGGACGAAAUGGCUCGUGUGCGUUGCCUGCAAAAAGAUGUAAUUCAAAAUAAUUUGCCAUUGCUGAAAUUGUAUUAUGGCACUACCGAUGGUUGGGUGCCGGUCAAGUAUUUUAAUCAACUCAAAGAACAAUUUCCCACUAUCGAUGCAGAACUGGAUACCAAAAAAAUCGAUCAUUCGUUUGUCUUACGAUCCUCAAAACAAAUGGGAGCAAUUAUUGGCGAUAUGAUUACAGAAAAUUCAAAUGUCAUUGGCACCAAAGCCAAUUGAGGCUAAACCACCAUAGAUCUUUUAGCAUAAUUACAAAUUACAAAUUGUGGGUCUUAAAUAUUUACAUUUUAACGGAUUUGGAAUAAAAAUAAAAAACCCCCCUUAGUUGGAACUAAAAAUAAGUGGAAUAAAGAUGAAAUACAAUUUGUAGAAACAAGACACUACUACAACAGCAGCAACGCCAAUUUGUAGAGUGUAAAAAGUGGCAAGCUGCACGUCACCAUUAAGUGAUUGUCGAAGAAACGGAACAUUAAAAUUACAUUGCAAAUAUAAUUGGACUGAAAUAACCGCAAAA